CGACAACCCGACGACGCCGCCGCCAACUUCUUGACCACCCCAGCCUCGAGGUACGGACAGACAAAAUGGCGAACAACAGAUUGCAAUACCGCCGCCGGAACCCGUACAACACGCGGUCCAACCAGGUUCGGAUCAUCAAGACCCCUGGCGGUGAGCUCCGUUACCUUCACAUCAAAAAGAAGGGUACCGCUCCCAAGUGCGGUGACUGUGGCAUCAAGCUCCCUGGUGUCCCCGCCCUCCGCCCCCGCGAGUACGCUCAGAUCUCCCGCCCCAAGAAGAACGUCAGCCGUGCCUACGGUGGUUCCCGCUGCGCUGGCUGCGUCAAGGACCGCAUCGUCCGCGCUUUCCUGAUUGAGGAGCAGAAGAUCGUCAAGAAGGUCCUCAAGGAGUCCCAGGAGAAGGCCGCCGGCAAGCGCUAAAUGCGUCCCUGACGGUUUUCUUUUGUGUUGUUGUCUUUAAUCAAGGAGCGGAACAUGGAAAAUUUUUAAAAUUAGCUGGGAACGGACGGCUAGCGCGGCAGAAUAAAGGCCCGUGAAUCAAUGAAUUAUAUUCAUGAAUUGAAAAUUUUCCUCGCGUCCAUGCUGAUUUCCAAGAACUCACGAGUUGAUUUCCCUUCGCGUGUCGACACUGUAGAAAGGAUUCCAUCCUGCGGCCCUGCCGGUGUAGCCGGGCUUGACACCUGAAAGCACAUGUCUCCGUGACAUUCGGGCCUCGUGGC